AUGUUGAUGCUCGCUUCCCCUACCACGUCCCAGGGUCUUCCCACCACAUCCCUGCGUCCCCUACCACGUCGCUGGAUCCCCUACCACGUCGCCGGAUCCCCUACCACGUCGCUGGAUCCCCUACCACGUUGUCGGAUCCCCUACCACGUCGCUGCGUCCCCUACCACUUCGCUGGAUCCCCUACCACGUCGCUGGAUCCCCUACCACGUCGCUGGAUCCCCUACCACGUCGCUGGAUCCCCUACCACGUCGCUGGAUCCCCUACCACGUUGUCGGAUCCCCUACCACGUCGCUGCGUCCCCUACCACUUCGCUGGAUCCCCUACCACGUCGCUGGAUCCCCUACCACGUUGUCGGAUCCCCUACCACGUCGCUGGAUCCCCUACCACGUCGCCGGAUCCCCUACCACGUCGCUGGAUCCCCUACCACGUCGCUGGAUCCCCUACCACGUCGCCGGAUCCCCUACCACGCCGCUGGAUCCUCCACCACGUCGCCGGAUCCCCUACCACGUCGCCGGAUCCCCUACCACGUCGCUGGAUCCCCUACCACGCCGCUGGAUCCCCUACCACGUCGCUGGGUCCCCUACCACGUCGCUGGAUCCCCUACCACGUCGCUGGAUUCCCUACCACGUCGCUGGGUCCCCUACCACGUCGCUGGAUCCUCCACCACGUCGCUGGAUCCCCUACCACGUCGCUGGAUCCCCCAGCACGUCGCUGAGUCCCCACCCAUCACGUCGCUCGUCCCUCCCACCUCUGGAUAAAGCACUACCUUACACAAAGGCAGUAGGUUCUACUCAUUCUCCAUGGGCAUGA